AAAAGCCGUCCAGGUUCAGAUCUGUCUUCCCAUCGAUGAACGAACGGAUGUGAGUCUCGGGCAGCAUCCGUUCCAUCGCGUCCUCCUCCUGGGCCUCCGGCUUCUGCCUUCCGACAGCCCGUCCGUUCCCCAAGCUUCCACCGUCUGUGAUUUCCUUCCGCUGCUUGCCGCUAAGGAACUCCCCGCUGCUGCCGCCAUCGAUUUUGUGUUCCUUAGUCAACCUCUCCCUUGCUGUUCGGGAUGAAGUCGUUGGUGUCGAGGUUAGGUUUCUGGGUCGUAGUUUUGGCGAUUCUCAGUGCUGUGAAUUGCGGGCAAUCCAAGACUGACGACGCUUAUGUCACCCUCCUCUACGGGGACGAAUUUCUCCUCGGAGUUCGUGUUCUUGGAAAGUCGAUCAGGGAUACAGGAUCCACAAAAGACAUGGUUGCUCUUGUCUCAGACGGCGUCUCCGACUAUGCUGAGAAGCUACUCCGUGCUGAUGGUUGGAUUGUUCAGCAUAUAAGUUUAUUGGCUAAUCCAAAUAGUGUGAGGCCGAAGAGGUUUUGGGGAGUGUACACAAAACUUAAGAUAUUCAAUAUGACAAACUAUAGAAAAGUUGUUUAUCUUGAUGCUGAUACAAUUGUGAUAAAGAGUAUUGACGAUCUAUUCAAGUGUAGAAAGUUUUGUGCAAACUUGAAACAUUCUGAAAGAUUAAACUCUGGUGUGAUGGUUGUGGAGCCUUCUGAAUCCAUUUUCACAGAUAUGAUGAGCAAAGUAACUACUUUAUAUUCAUAUACUGGAGGAGAUCAAGGUUUUCUGAAUACAUAUUAUUCUGACUUCCCCAAUGCACAUCUUUUUGAGCCAGAUUUGUCAAAUGAUGCCAUGAAAACUAGACCUGUACCUGAAAUGGAAAGGUUAUCAACCCUCUAUAAUGCAGAUGUUGGUCUUUACAUGCUGGCAAAUAAGUGGAUGGUUGAUGAAAAGGAACUCAAAGUAAUUCAUUACACCCUGGGGCCCCUGAAGCCCUGGGACUGGUGGACAGCUUGGCUUCUGAAACCAGUUGAUGUGUGGCAGAAUGUGCGAGUGAAACUUGAAGAAUCGCUUCCUGGAACUGGUGGCGGAAGAAAUCCACAUGAUCAGCUGUUGGUGCAAAUUCUAUUUGCAUUUCCAGUUUGCUUGUUGUUUAUAUGUUAUUAUAGAUCACUUCUUCUGGCGAGCAGAGAUUUCACCACUAAAUUUUCUCGAAGUUCUGUAAUUGAUUAUGUAAGGCGUAUAUGCUUGCAUUACAGAUCAGGCACACUUCCUACAUAUUCUGGUGCUGGUGUUGCUUCAUCUUCUUUUGUGAAUACAAAUCAACAGUUCUUCAGCGGCACACAUUCCAAGCUACCUUGUUACUUAGGUCCAAUAUCUGUUGUUGUCUGUUUUAUGGCCACUGCAUUUUCCCUUGGGUUUGCAUUUAUAUUAAUUCCCCAUCAAGUGACUCCAUGGACUGGCCUACUUUUGAUGUAUGAGUGGACUUGUAUGACCUUUUUAGUAACAUUCGGAGGCUAUCUAAAUUUUAUGUACCAAUGGGGAAAGCGGACUUCAGAUCAUUCUAAUUAUGGUCGCAAUGAUUCUUCAGAUCACGACUCAGACAAAGGCUUUCAGCGAAAUGUAUCUAGGUGUGACAUAGUGACAUGGUUUUAUUGGUUAGGGAUGACAUCUCUAGCUAUCGUUGUACCUUCAUUACCAUACCUGUUCGGAAUCACUGCUCUCUUCGCAAGGUUGGGUCUGAUGGUUGGAGGUGGCCUUGUAUUUUCUGCAUUUUUGGCAUUUGCCUCUGAACAUCUCGCUAUUAGAGCCUUCAUCAAGGGAUGUGAAGAUUUUAAUCAACGACUGAGCAGAAACAUAUGCUUGUGCUGAUAGUCAGCAUGUUGAUCAUUCUGCUUACAAUUGAUACUUCUCGUGUCCAUGUAUAUUAGACUUGGUACUAUAUAGUUUGGAAGGUCCUGUGAUUAAUUCAUUCAGAAUUUUGAAACGAUAAGCUUGUUAACCACUGAUAUGGUAUUUUGACUUGGUGGAACCAAUAACUCAGAAGUCUGGUCUUUGUUAGUUCUUCAA